UGAUCAAUGUAAAGGAUGCUAUCUUUUAACAACAUCUGUGCCUAGGCAAUUGUCAGUUGAGGCCUGGAAAAUUCAGUGAUCGCACGUAGACAGCUUCUACAUAGUUUUAGAGCUAUUUUUUAUUGAAAAACAUGGAGUUAUCAUCGGAUUAUACUCAAACGAUGGCGGACCAAAAGGUUACUCUUCACACUACACUCCAUAGAAUUGCAAAAGAACAAGGCUAUACCAAUUACAAGCUAAAUGUAAAACCAAUUACAAGCGGAGGGGCUAACUACUCAUGUGUGCUUUUUCUUGCAACAAUUGCUGAAAACGAUAAAGAUGACAUAAAACUAUUCAAUAAAGUUGCGUGUGUAGGUGAAAAAGUGCGUGCUAUGGCACCUUUCGAUGUUUACGAAUCAGAAAUUUGCUUUUACAGCGAAUUAAUAAAUAUAUAUAGAAAGAUUGAGGAAAAACAUGGUGUCCCAGAAGAGGAAAAAUUCAUCACUCCAAAAUUCUAUGGAUUUAGCGAUGAAUAUCUCCAAGAAACCCUAGUGAUGGAAGAUUUAACCGCUAGUGGCUAUGAAAUGUUUGAUCGAUUCAAGACAUUUGACUUUAAUUAUGCUAAAGAAGCUGUAAGACAACUUGCAAAACUACACGCUCUGUCCAUUGCUUUCUCCAUUGAAAAUCCAGACAAAUUUGACGAAAAAACAGCUAAGCUAAAAAUGAAAAAUAAUAUGGAUUCUUUAUCGGGUUUAAUAGAGAAAAUGUUUAAAAAUGUUAUGUCAUCUUUGAGGGAAGAGUUUAAAGAUCGCGUUCAACUAUUUCUCAAGGAAAUGACUGUUGAAAAGAUGAAUUACCUAACAAAACCACAUAAGCGCAUGGUCUUAGGACAUGGAGAUUUUCGUGCUAGUAAUCUAAUGCAUAAAAUGAAUGAGGAUGGCACCUACAAAGUGAUUAUUAUAGAUUAUCAGACGCUGCACCGCACUAAUCCUAUCUUGGACUUGGUCUACCUAAUAUUCAAUGGAACAGAUCAAGCUUUCAGGAGCGAGUACUUGCAGAAGACUAUUGAUCACUAUUAUACUGAGCUGGCUGCUUCGUUAAAAUUAUUUCACAUUAACCCUAAUGAAGUGUAUUCAAGGAAGGACUUUGAUUACGACUACAAAGAGGUGCUACCAUAUGGUUUGAUCAUAAGUUUUAUGUUGUUAUUACUGGUCACUGUGGACACUGAGAAUGCGCCCACCAUGACACCAGAUUCAGAUUUAGACAGUUUUAACAUGGCUCCCAGUGAGGAAUACAAGAAGAGAGUCAACGAACUCGUUGAAGAUUUUAUCAAAUAUGGAGUUUUGUAGUAUUGUAUUAGCAUUUUAUUGAGCUAAAGAGUAUUAUUCUGGUGGUAUAUAAAUCAUUAUUAUUGUGAAUCUAUCUUCUGACCAAUUCAAUUAAACAUUUUAUCAUAUA